GGAGGCUACUGUCUCUUUAAGAAGCAUCUAAAUCACAGUUGUUAUCGCGAGAGUACUCGACUGGUUUUCCCAUUGACCUGGAAGUGACUGCGUGAGUGUGCAUGUUCGUUUCAAGCCAGCCUACAAACUUUGUUCCCGUCACAGAGUUGCUGACAUGCCAGCUAGAAAGUCUACUACCAAGAGGAAAUCAGAUGUCAUUGUGGAAGAGGUGAAAGAGCCGAAGAAAGUAAGAGUUUACCACAGGAGUCAUGGAACCGAGGCUGGUCAAGUGCUUGUUUUGGGCCAAGGUGAUGUUGGACAAUUGGGUUUGGGAGAGGACAUCAUUGAGAGGAAGAAGCCAGCACUCUUGUCCCUACCUGAGAAAAUAGUACAGGUGAUAGCUGGAGGCAUGCACACCGUGUGCCUCAGCGAAACAGGUCUGGUCUACACUUUUGGCUGUAACGAUGAAGGGGCUCUUGGUCGGGAAACCAAAGAGGAAGGAUCUGAGAUGAUCCCAGGGAGGGUGGAACUUGAAGAGAAGGUGGUCCAGGUGUCUGCAGGGGACAGCCACUCAGCCGCACUAACACAGGAGGGAGAAGUAUACUUGUGGGGAUCCUUCAGGGACAACAAUGGUGUUAUUGGACUUUUGGAUCCAUUAAAGCCGUCUGCUCUUCCACUUAAACUACCCAUGUUAGAAACUGUUGUGAAAGUUGCAUCAGGUAACGACCAUCUUGUUAUGGUGACCAUGGAUGGAAAGCUUUACACAUCCGGUGCAGCGGAACAAGGGCAACUAGGAAGGGUGCCUGAACAAUUCUCAAUCAGGGGAGGCAGGAGAGGCCUUGGUCGUCUAUUAAUUCCUCAGAUGGUGAGAGUCAAGGGGAAAAUUCAUUUCAUUGAUGCCUUCUGUGGGGCGUACGCCACAUUUGCUGUGUCAAAAGAAGAACAAGUGUAUGGAUUUGGUCUUUCCAACUAUCAACAGUUGGGCACCAAAAGCACAAAGAUGUGUUUUGUCCCCGUCAAACUGACUUCCUUCAAAAAUUCCACCACGGCCUGGAUUGACUUUUCUGGAGGACAACACCACACUGUCUGCCUCGAUUCAGAAGGACAGGUGUAUAGCCUGGGCAGAGCGGAAUAUGGCCGCCUUGGUCUCGGUGAAGGAGCUGAAGAGCAAAGUGAACCCACUCCAGUGACUGGGAUUGAAUCAUCCAGAGGUGUGACAUGUGGGGCAUCAGUCAGCUUUGCGGUCACCAAAAAGGGCGCUGUGUACGCGUGGGGAAUGGGCACCAACCUACAACUUGGAACGGGAAAAGAAGACGACGAGUGGAGCCCAGUGAAGAUGACCGGCAAGCAGCUUGAGAAUUGCACAGUACUGAUGGCGUCCAGUGGAGGGCAGCACACAGUUCUUUUGGUUAAAGGCACAGAGGAAAGCUGAUGUUCCUCUCAGGCAUGUAAUAACACUUCAGACUGUUUCUUAUGCCUACAGUGGGGUGACAGUCUUAAUGUGACUUUCUAUGCUCAGCUAAGUGCAAGAGUAUCACAGCUGAGAGAAAGUGGUCAGCUUCAACCCUAUCAGCUAAAAUUCCUCCUUUUGCUGACGUGGCUAAGAGAUAGACAUUUUCACUAUAUCAUCACAAAUAGGAGACUAUUUUAAAAAAAAAAAACUGAGCAAGACAUUCGACUGUCGGCAUGUACUGUAAAUACAUUUUUAUUAAUUUCACAGUCUUUUAAAAAAUGUUUUGAUUGCAUAAAUUCCGAUACAAACAAGAUAUUUCCACCCAUCGAGUUCAAUUAGUCAUACUACCGAGGGCACCGAUGUUUUCACUGAAAUUGGGGAACUACAUCCUGUAUUUUGCUACUGUUCUUGUCAUCUGAUAAUAAAUUUUAGAUUUUACUUGA